CGUCUCUCUCUCUCUGCAGCGACGAUAGACCCCAAGGCCACCCACCGAUCGCUGUGCAAUUGACAUCGGCACAUGCAUCCGUGAGGGACAUUCGCGCUUCGAUUGCGAUUGCAGCGGAUGGAAGCACACGCACCUGAACAUGAGUGGCGUAUUCACACCCACACCCAGUCAAAAGGUGGAGCAGCGACCGUUGCUUGCAUCUGGAUUCAAGUGUCUGCUGAAGGAUACCGACACUCACGAUUCCCAACGGUCAGUGGCGCAGAAGUCGGCCGUGACAUGCAGCGGAGACCAAGCGAGCCAAUUGCGAAUGGGCGAUCGCCUUUUGAGACGAGCAACGAACGAGUCACCAGGCGUGAGACGCAUGGUGUCUACAGCGGGCGCAGAGGAGCGCACAGCAUGGUAAGGUCUAAGACGACCCUUCGUCACUUUAUAGUCAUCCUGUCGCGAAGCACUGCCACUCCAAAAGCGUGCCUGGUGCACAGCGAUCAAUGUCAUUCGAAUUGCAGGUCAAAGAUCUACGUUUAUGAUUCAGGAUGUCAUGGUUGCGUGGGUAGGGGGGACGUUAGAGGAAAAGUGGACCUUUCGAAAUUAUGAUGGAUGCGUGGUUGGAAAGGGUUGAAAUGAGGCCGGGGCUCGGUCAGGGAUUGAUAUGCUUUGAUGACGAGAGAAUGGGAAUGAGCUACAGAUUACUUCGCGCUUGACAGUGCGAACGUGAAGGGAUCGAGAAGAGGCAGCCGGGGCGACUGCCGAGGACAGGGUUUGAGCGCACUUUGCGGCUGUCCAUACGAGCGAUGGAGCUCGAAGCGCAGUUGCGCUUGAGAAAAGUAAAAAAAAAUUCCGACUUUUU